GAGAGAGAUCAGUUCAUCUGUCACAUUACGUAGCAUCAGGGAGUCACGCCUCGAGACCUUUGCUUUACUAUCCUCGCCACUCUCGUCCCUUAAGUCUCAUAAAUACCCCCCCAUCUCCUCCCUUCCCUCCUCGCACCACCUUCCCUCAUUCUCCUCUCUCUCUCUCUCUCUCUCUCUCUCUCUCUCUCUCUCUCUUUCUAGGUCAUCAUCAAUGGCUUACAAGAAAUCCCACAAGCUGCCUCAGCCCGCGGUCCUCAAGCAGAUCCUCAGGCGGUGCUCGAGCCUCGGCAAGAGGCCGAACGGCGGGUUCGACGAGGAGGACGGCCUCCCGCUCGACGUGCCCAAGGGACACUUUGCGGUCUACGUCGGCGAGAACCGGGCCCGGUACAUCGUUCCGAUCUCCCUCUUGACGCGCCCCGAGUUCCAGUGCCUCCUCCAGCGGGCCGAGGAGGAGUUCGGGUUCGACCACGACAUGGGCCUUACCAUCCCCUGCGAGGAAGUCGUCUUCCGAUCUCUCACGUCGAUGAUCAGAUGACAAAAGAGGGGGAGAGAGGCAUUGGAUGUUUCGGUGAUGGGACGGAGAGAGAGACGGGCCAAGAAGAAGCAGCGACACGUACAUUGAUUCGUUAUUUGCUUCUUCUUUUUUUCAACGUCCCUAGCUCUCUCUUCUGUCUAUGGUCUUCAUUCGUUGUGAAUCUUGAUCUUUAUUUCUUUUUUUUUUUGGGGUAUGUUUGAGCCUAAUGCGCUCUUAUUUCUGGCGAUCGGAGGACUCUAACCCGAAACUUUUUCCCGGGAGGAAUUUCUUGGGUUUAUUCGUGUAGAAAGGAAGUUCGUGGUUUCCUCAUGAAGGUGGACAACGUAGCACCUCAUGAGAGAAGUUGACGCUAAGGAUGUAAUGUAAUUGCCAUGGUGAUUGUUCCAAUGAAGAGUUAUCUUCACUUGGGUCA